UUUCCCCUACUUUCCCAAGACAGCACUUCCAUGAAUUUAGUCUUCUGUAAAUCACUGGGCAUUUCUGUGAGCCCUUUCUACCUCCACUUUCUUCUGUCCUCGCAGUUUCCUUAUCCCGGACCGCGCCCCACUUCCCACCCAAUCACCCCACAAACAAGAUUUCAAGACCCAAUAGAAAAUGAGCUUUUUAGUGACAGUUGCUUGUUAUCUGGCCGAUCCACUGGGGACCGGGGUGCAGUCUUUGAGAUUUUUGAUCCUGCAGGCCACCGAGCUGAGCGUUCCGGGCAGGACCUGGGCGAGGGGCGCUUAGCCCUUCGUUUCGAUCUUCCCACCAACAUCCGAGAGCCUAAUCAGCGCACCCACGGAGGCGCCUUAAGGGCAAUUGGGGAGGAUGAGCAGAGCCGGGAGACAGCAAGAGGUACAGACCCUCUGCAGCACCUCUCCAAUUCCGCGGCCCUUCCGGGUGGCUUAUACAGCUCCAGGAUUGGGAAACCGACUCCGGUGGCCCGGCCCGCGGGCGCCUGGCCUCGAAACCAGAGGCAGGAGUGUGGGGCGCGGGGUUGGGGGUGCCGGGCAGAGGAGGAAGUCUUGUCCGGGUCCGCUGGGCGAGGGGUCCCGGAUCAGGGCCAGUCUGAGCCCCGGUGCCCCGCAGGUCUCCCCGCGCCCCGGCCGCGCCCACACGCCCGCCCCCUAGCCGCUGUGGUUGCUAUGCGUUGCCGUGAAACGCCUGUCAAUAAACCCUGUUUGGACAGUGGAGCAAGAGCACAUGGGUUGUUUGCUUAG